AGGAAAAGUUUCUGGAGUUGUCAAUCGCGGUCACCGCGGAUCGAGGUGCCUAGUCCUGGCAGUGGUGUUCGUACCCAGCGGAGCCUGGGGCAUGCGACGCGGGGGCGCGGCCCGGUGACGCCGCGGGCGGGGACCUUGCGCCCCGACGGCCGACUCGCUGCUGCGGGCCGUGGGCAGCGUGGGGACCCGGACGCACGGGGACGCGGCCAUGGAGGAGGACGCGGGAGCUGCUAGUCCGGCGCCGGAGCCGGUGCCGGAGCCGGAGCCCGAGGUGGAUCCCACUCGGGAGUCCGAGCCCGAGGCCGGCACGUCCGAGGCGUUCUCUCGUCUCUGGACCGACGUGAUGGGCAUCCUGGAUGGUUCCCUGGGAAACAUUGAUGACCUGGCACAGCAGUAUGCAGAUUAUUACAAUACCUGCUUUUCUGAUGUGUGCGAGCGGAUGGAGGAGCUUCGGAAGCGGCGUGUUUCCCAGGACUUGGAUGUGGAGAAACCCGACGCCAACCCCACGUCACUUCAGCUGCGGUCCCAGAUCGAAGAGUCCCUGGGCUUCUGCAGCACCGUGUCAACACCAGAAGUGGAAAGAAAGUACCCUCUCCACAAAUCAAACUCAGAAGACGGCUGUGUAGGCAAAGGAGAUUGGAAGAAGAAAAACAAAUACUUCUGGCAGAAUUUCCGAAAGAACCAAAAAGGAAUAAUGAGGCAGACUUCAAAAGGAGAAGAUGUGGGUUAUGUGGCCAGUGAGAUUACGAUGAGCGACGAGGAGCGGAUCCAGCUGAUGAUGAUGGUCAAGGAGAAAAUGAUCACCAUUGAGGAAGCCCUCGCCAGGCUGAAGGAAUACGAGGCCCAACACCGUCAGUCAUCUGCCUUGGACCCUGCAGACUGGCCUGAUGGCUCUUACCCGACACUGGAUGGCUCAUCCACCUGCAAUUCAAGAGAACAGUCGGAUGAUGAGACGGAGGAGUCGGUGAAGUUUAAGAGGCUACACAAGCUGGUAAACUCCACUCGCAGAGUCAGAAAGAAACUAAUUAGAGUGGAAGAAAUGAAAAAGCCCAGCACAGAAGGUGGAGAGGAACACGUGUUUGAGAAUUCCCCAGUCCAAGAUGAAAGAUCUGCACUCUACUCUGGAGUGCACAAAAAGCCAUUUUUCUAUGAUGGCUCUCCUGAGAAACCUCCAGAGGAUGAUGCAGACUCUCUCACCCCAUCUCCAUCAUCCAGCAGCCUGGAUACUUGGGGAGCUGGCCGGAAGCUGGUCAAAACCUUCAGCAAAGGAGAGAGUCGGGGCCUGAUUAAGCCCCCUAAGAAGAUGGGGACAUUCUUCUCCUAUCCAGAAGAAGAGAAGGCCCAGAAAGUAUCCCGCUCCCUCACAGAGGGGGAAAUGAAGAAAGGUCUUGGGUCUUUGAGUCACGGGAGAACUUGUAGUUUCGGUGGAUUUGACCUGACAAAUCGUUCUCUGCAUGUUGGCAGUAAUAAUUCUGACCCCAUGGGUAAAGAAGGAGAUUUCGUGUACAAAGAAGUAAUCAAGUCCCCUUCUGCCUCCCGAAUCUCUCUGGGAAAAAAAGUGAAAUCAGUGAAAGAGACCAUGAGGAAGAGAAUGUCUAAAAAAUACAGCAGCCCGGUCUCAGAGCAGGACUCGGGGCUCGAUGGGAUGCCCGGCUCCCCCGCCUCAGUGAAGCCUGACUCUGAACAAAUGGACAAGCCUAAGCUCAAAGCCGGGGGCUCUGUAGAAAGCCUUCGGAGUUCCCUGAGUGGCCAGAGCUCAAUGAGUGGUCAGACUGUGAGCACCACCGACUCCUCCACCAGCAACAGGGAGAGUGUCAAGUCAGAAGAUGGUGAUGAUGAAGAGCCACCCUAUCGGGGUCCCUUCUGUGGGCGUGCCCGCGUACACACUGACUUCACCCCCAGUCCCUAUGACACCGACUCUCUGAAGCUCAAGAAAGGAGACAUUAUUGACAUCAUCAGCAAACCACCCAUGGGCACCUGGAUGGGCCUGUUGAACAACAAAGUUGGCACGUUCAAGUUCAUCUACGUGGAUGUGCUAAAUGAGGAAGAGGAGAAGCCCAAGCGCCCUACCAGGAGGAGGAGGAAGGGAAGACCAUCCCAGCCAAAGUCUGUGGAGGACCUCCUGGAUCGGAUCAACCUGAAGGAACACAUGCCCACCUUCUUGUUCAAUGGCUAUGAAGACCUGGACACCUUCAAACUCCUGGAGGAAGAAGACUUAGAUGAAUUAAAUAUUAGGGACCCAGAACACAGAGCUGUUCUCUUGACAGCGGUGGAGCUGUUACAGGAAUAUGACAGUAACAGUGACCAGUCCGGCUCUCAGGAGAAGCUUCUGGUGGACAGCCAGGGCCUGAGUGGACGUUCCCCACGAGACUCUGGAUGCUAUGAAAGCAGCGAGAACUUGGAAAAUGGCAAAACUCAAAAACCCAGCGUUCUGCCCACCAAGUCAUCCACGGAGUCCAACUUAAAGUCUUUCAACAGGAGUCAGCCAGGCAACUAUCCAACAUUGCCUUUAACAAAAUCAGGGGAGGUGCGCAAACAGGGAGAGGAGGGCAGGCUAGGACGAGAUCUAGCCCCGGACACUGCCAAGUGCUGUGACGUGCCCUGUGUGACUGGUUUAAAUAAGAACCGAAGGAGCCUCCCAGUCUCUAUCUGUCGCAGCUGUGAAACCCUGGAGGGUCCUGAGCCCGUGGAAAGUUGGCCCCGAUCCCAUUCCCUGGAUGACCUUCAGGGAGAUGCUGAGGUUGGCAAGGACGUGCCUACCGAGAUGCCGGAAACCUCUCCUAAGAAUGUACCAGAAGUGCCACAGAAGACAUUUGCCUGCAUCUCCAAGGCUCUGCCCCGAGGCCGAGAUUCCACUGCAGAAGAUGUGAUGCUUCUGACCCAAAGCAAGAGAUUUUCUGACCCCCCGAAAACGAAGGCUAAGAAAUUAGAUGGCUCCAUGGUGGCCUCUAACCUUGGCAUAGGUCCUCUUCAGAGUAUACCCAGAAAUUUCGAGGCUCAGCCUCCUGUUAAACCCAGCUUAACAAGGACGUCUCUUGAGGGUCUCAGAAAAGGACAUGACCACAACUCCCCAGGCACCAAAGAAGGGGUAGAUGGGGAACAGAGUGCCCCUGAGACCAGGACACAGUCCAGACAUCCAUCGCAGCCCCCACCUGUGCCGGCCAAGAAAAGCCGAGAGCGCCUGGCCAAUGGCCUGCACCUGGUCCCCAACUCAGAGGCACCCAUUCUGCCACUGAAGAAGGCCAGCCCUGCCAGCCCCGUCAGCCCCAGUGACUGCCCCUCUCCCAGGGAGCCCAGGUCCUCCUCGGGGACUGAGCCGGGCAGCCCAGUCUGCACGAGACCUCCACCCUGGCUGGCCGAGUUGCCUGAGAGCACCAGCCUGCAGGAGCACGGUGUAAAGCUGGGCCCAGUGCUGAGCAGGAAGGUUUCCUGCAUCCGAGGUGUGGACCUAGAGAUAAUCACUGAGAACAAGCUGCAGGCUGAGGGCAUCGAUCUCACCGAGGAGCCCUACUCUGAUAAGCAUGGCCGUUGUGGGAUCCCUGAAGCCCUGGUACAGAGAUACGCAGAGGACUUAGAUCAGCCUGAGAGGGAUGUUGCCACCAAUAUGGACCAGAUCCGGGUGAAGCUGCUUAGGAAGCAACAUCGUAUGGCGAUCCCCAGUGGUGGGCUGACGGAAAUCUGCCGAAAGCCCCUCUCUCCUGGAUGUGUUGCGUCCGUGUCGGAUUGGCUCAUCUCCAUCGGCCUGCCCAUGUAUACGAGCACCCUUUCUGAUGCAGGGUUCAGCACGCUGAGCCAAGUGCCUUCCCUGUCCCACACUUGCCUUCAGGAGGCCGGCAUCACAGAGGAGAGACACAUAAGGAAACUCCUAUCUGCAGCCAGACUCUUCAAACUGCCACCAAGCCCUGAGGCCAUGUAGCCAGGCCUGCCGUGGCCCUCCCUGGACAAGAGUCAGCCUUUCAAUGUGCUUAGGAAGCCGAUACAAUCCCUCCAUAUCUGCUGGGGUUGACCUGAUUGGGAAGAAAAGCACCCGCUCGCGGCUCACGAACUGCAGGAUUAGGACUCAGAACCGAGGACCCUCUCUUCCGGAAAAGGCAGCCCUUGCCUCUCGAGGAAAUCCACGUGGUUCUCUUCGAUGCCCAAAGGCAGGACAAGCACUUAGUUCUGUUUUCAGACACGGAAGAGCCAAGAUGCCGACUCACUGCAAACACUGUGCAUCCAGUCUGUCUUUGUGCUGGCGGGGGGGCUGGGAGGACGAGGCAGCCUGCUCGUGUCUGAUCGUGCCCUUGCGUGUCUGUCGGUCACCCGGCUGGAUGCCCGAGCCUGAUGGGCUUAGCUAGGCCAAAGCAACAGACUCUGGAGUUACUGUAUACUAUUAUUGACCAUGCUCAUGUGUUCAAAAGCUACAACAGCUGACUCUGUCAAGAACAGAACGGUCCUCCUCUCCUGUAGAUAAACGAGAGACAUUUUAAUUGCUUUCUAGCAAUUAGCUUUUAUUUGCCUUAAUAUAAACUUUUAACCAGUUAUCUAUCUAGUGUCCACAACCCUUACUUAACCCUCGUUCCAGAUCUUCAGCUUAGACUGCCAUCUAACGCGUUUGGGAUGUUUCCAGCAAAAAAAAUAGCCUUUUUUUCUUUUUCUUUUUUCUUUUUCUUUUUUUUUUUUUUUUAACAGUCUCAUUCUAACGUGGCUUAUUUUAUAGGGGUGACUACCAGGCACACGUUACAUGUUGACUUUUAGUUUCUGAACUAACUACAAAUUCAGUAAACGUCGGUUGGGAUUCACAGAGGGGCACGCACGUUCUCUCACGCAUGCGUAGUGACUGCCCUGGAGUCUACUCACUGUAGUGAGUGGCCGUCCGUUGUGGUGGCCAUGGUGUUGCGGUAUUUACAUAAGCUCCUAACCCCAUCCAUCCCCAAAUCCAUUCAUCAGCUAACGGAUCACCUUUGCAGAAAGUCAUUGUAAUGUUGCAUAUUUCAGAAGGAUUCUUGUCUUUCUAAAAAGGGAAGUACUUUACACUCAUUACUUUAAAGCUCUUUUUGUUUUCGUGUUUUUAAAUUUUUUUUUUUUGGCCAGUUCUAUAAUUAUUAUUAUCUUUCAUUUGUUACUUAGAUAAUUGUUUUAAUUCAAGCAAAGGUUCAAUUAUGGAGCCAGAUAAACCACAUCAGUUGUGUAUUAAAUAUUGCAUACAUAUUUCAACUGGUUUUUUCCAACUAUGAUUUCCACAUAAUCUACCCUUUUUGUCUGGCGUCUGGUUUUCUAGCAAUUGGCAAAGUUAGGCAGGUGCAUAUGCUCUAUUGCUUACAAAGUGUUUUUUCUUCACAUUCUUACAAGCACAAUGUGGAGUCUCAAGUUACCAUGGAAGCACUUUGGAUACAAGGCCAGGCUCAAUCCUCUGAUGGUUCAUUGGGUUAUUAAAACUUGAUUUCCCUCAGGAGAGAAGGGCAAGUGAUUUUAUGAAUAACAAAGCCAUCCUGGCCAUAUGCUUUAUAUAGCUGAAUCCAAGUCUCUGAGGAAAAACUCAGGUGAUCCCCCCCACCCCCCCACCACCCCACCCCCCCACACACAUUUUAGUAUGCAUUAAAAAAAUAAUGUUUGGUUUCUUCACUUCCGUUCACCUUCUAUAAGAUGCCAUGAGGAGAAGUAGAUGCAGUUUAGAAUAAAAAGGUAAAGGCACUAGAUUCCUAUUGGACUCGUAAAAAGAGAGCUCAUGGUUGCUCUCCUGGGUUAGCAUAGCCCACCCAAUGGGUGGGGGGGGGGGGGUUGCAGGAUUCUCUGCCAGUCCCAGCACCCAGCACUUUCACAUGCUGUUGUGGGGGUUGGCAUUGGAAAACAGGCUUCUCCUCUUGCUUUUGAAGUAACCCUGGCCCGACCUUGCAACAGACCACCCGUCUGAUUUUAGCUGAGCAAAGAGAGAGACUACAAAAAAAGUCACACAGGAGGUCACAAGGGAGGAGGAGAAAUCUCCUGGGAAGUUCCCAGUUUCAGUUCAUUCUUGGUGUCUGGUUUUCUUUUUUAAGUCAAUCAAGGAGGUCUUGAGAAUGUCAAACAGUAGCUUUUAUCACUCUGGAAAUCAUCAUUGCCUUGCAUGGAGAGUUAAAUUCAGGGACCACGAGUUUAGUGUGAAUGUCUGAUCUGAAGGGGCUGAGCUUGCUUGUCUGUCUGUCUUUCUGUCUGUCUGUCUGUCUGUCUGUCUGUCUUUCCUUCUUUCUUUGUCUCUUUUCCUCCUUCCCUCCCUCCCUUCUUCCCUCCCUCCCUUCCUCCCUUUUGGUUUUCUUUUGCUUUGAACGUUUCAUUUGGUCUGAGAAAAGCCUGAACGUUAGCGUAUGACUCUGAGGUAGCUCGGGGCUGCCUGUGGCUGCUGGCUGACAGGCAGCCGCCGGCUUUAGCAAUGGCCACUUUUGAUCAGUUGCAUUUGAUACAGAAUUUUGAGUGAUGGUGAAAAUUGUUGUCUUUGGAAAAGCACAAAAUUAACCUGGAAAGGCGUUUCGGCUCAGGUAGCUUACCCAGAAUGCGUGUGAUCUGUGUGUCUCAGCUGUCUACAGAGAAAGCAGCUGCCCAAACGACUACAUUCCCAGAUAAUGAGAGCAAAUAGCUUUUCAUGGCCUUGCAUAUGUGGGGGCCCCUUUCUCUGUCUUGACCCCAGGUGUGGAUGAAAUUGGAAAUGAUUCCUCUGUGAGAAAUGAAUCCCAGACACGGCAUAGUGUGUUUCACAACUGUGAUGGAACAGAAGUAGAUCCCCAAGCCCCGCUGUGUGAGGACUGAGAGAAGCUCCAGAACAAAUCCGACUGUCUUGAGUCCACGUUAUCUUAAUUUUUAAAUUGAUAGGAAAAAAAAAAAAAAACCCACAAACUGUCAAGCAAGUUAUAUGACAACUAACAACAUUGCACUUUCUGUAUAUGAAAUCAAUAUUUAAAUAACUUAUUUUUCUUCAUUGCUAUUCCUAAACAUUGUAAGUAGCUGUAAUAUACCAAUACCAAUACGUUCUUGCAAUUGCUUCAGCCCAAGAAAUCUGUGUAUUGUUUUAAAAUUGUAGAAAAAAUAAAAAGAAAGAAAGAAUUAUUGUGAUGAUCCAUUAAAAAAAAAAAAAAAGGAAGGUAGACAGAAGGGUUUUCCUGUGUAUCAAACUUGUCUAUAAUUAUGUCAUCUAUGUACUUAAGGGAAAAAAGUAAAUAAAUUUCUUCAGUUGAA